AUGACAAAGAGUCAGCCUGAGCAACAGCAACAGAAGGAUAACCCACAAGACACUCUCAAUAAUAAAGAGGAUGUUGACGAGUACAAUAGGAAAGCAAGGUCUGAUAUCAACACACACGUAGGAGGAGCAGCAGAAGCAGCACCUCAGAAAUUGGACAAUCAGCCUAAACCUUCACCAUCAGAGCCGGUAAAAGAUACAUCGCACAAAAAGAAGGUACACAUAAGAGACAAGUUAACUUUUUCAUGGCACAACGUUGGAGGCUGGGAUACUGAUAAUGACGUUGAUAAAAAGAAACUAUUGAAGAACACCAAGAUUGUAGAGGCAUACAUUGUUGACCACUUUUAUGGUGACUGGUUUUGGAACACUUCUUUGAUCUUGGGUACAUGCUUUUUCGCUUGGUUGGUUGCAAAAUUCGGUGGAGGCAUUUUAUCCUUGGGGCUUGUGUUGUUGUUCACCAAUUCUGUGUAUAGAGGAGAGUUUAGGAGAUUCAAUCGCAAUAUCAGGGACGAUAUGGCUAGAAUAACGGCUAAUAAUCGGUUAGUUCAUGAGUUGGAAACUAUGGAGUGGAUGAACUCCUUUUUGGACAAGUUUUGGGUCAUUUACAUGCCAGCAUUAUCUGAAACAGUUAUGUUCCAAGCCAAUGUGAUUUUGAAAGAUCAAGCACCUGGAUUUGGUAUUGAGAAAUUAUCAUUGGAUGAAUUUACUUUGGGCUCAAAAGCUCCUCGAAUCGACUCAAUAAAGUCGUAUACUCAGAAAAAGCAAAAUAUCAUUGAAAUGGACUGGGCAUUUUCAUUCACUCCUAAUGAUACCGAUGAUAUGACAAAGAAUGAAAUAAGGAAAAAGAUUGAUCCAAAGGUAGCCUUGGGGGUCACCGUUGGUAAAGCCUUCAUUACAAAGUCGCUACCCAUAUUGGUCGAGGACAUGUCCUUUACUGGUAGGUUAAAAGUCAAGUUGAGGCUUACGCCAAAUUUUCCUCACGUCAAAACGAUUUCUAUUCAGUUUUUGGAAGCUCCUACUAUUGACUAUGCUCUUAAACCAGUUGGUGGCGAUACGUUUGGUAUUGACAUUAUGUCCUUUAUCCCUGGUUUGUCUAAAUUCGUUAAUGGUAUUAUUCAUUCCACUUUGAGACCCAUGUUGUAUGCGCCAAAUUCGUUUGAUAUUGACGUGAAGGACUUGUUGGAAGGACAAUCGCAUGGUUCUAUUGGUGUUGUAGCAGUCACGAUAAGAUCUUGUACAAAUUUGAAAACAGGUAAAACAACAAAACCAAAGAGUAUCAAUCCCUAUGUUCAAAUAAAAGUGUCAAAUAAUGGUGAUAUUGACGAACGGACCAAAACAAAGAAAGCAACCAAUGAUCCUGUUUUUUUGGAAACCAAACAUAUUUUGGUUAAUCAAUUGGAAGGAAACUUUUUGAAUUUUAAUGCUUUUAACUUGGUUGAGGAUAAAGUGGACGAUCAAUUGAUUGGGAACUGUGAGUUUCCUCUUGGUGAAUUACUUCAAGAAAACAGUUUCAAAGCAAUUACUAAGAAUCUUAUGGAGGGUGGUAGAGUUGUUGGCAAACUUGAACUUGACCUUAAAUGGUUUCCAACGGUGCAACCCAUCCGGUUGGAAGAUGGUACCAAGGAGGUUGAUACAGAUACGAAAGUUGGAAUUAUGAACAUUGCGUUACACGAGGCUAGAAACUUGGAUAUCUCACAUUCAGUGAUUGGGUUGUUGAAUCCUUAUGCACAGAUUUAUGUUAAUAGUGAAUUGGUUAAAACUUGUCGUAAGUUGAGACAAACAAAUGAACCUUCUUGGGAAGAAUCAUUUGAAAGUUUAAUCACACAACAAACAGAGACUGAGAUUCAAGUGUUGAUUAGGGACACAGUGAAUAAUAAAAUUGUUGCCAAUUUGAACGUCAAUUUACAGGAUAUUAUUUUUGAGAGUGGUAGAGGACAACAGUGGUUCACAUGUCCUGUUAUCAGUCCUAAUGCGCCAGCUCCUCAAAUCCGUAUUAGUGCUACUUGGAAACCUUUAGUGAUUGACGAGGAAACAAGUGCCAAAGUAAUUAGGAAUGCUCCAAUUGGUGGUUUGAGGUUGCAUUUGAGAGGUGCUAAGGGGUUGAAGAAUUUGGAAUCUGUUGGUUACGUGGAUCCUUAUGUAAAGGUUAUGUUCAAUGGUAAGUUACGUGCAAAGACUGUGACUUUUGCAGAAACCAUUAAUCCUCAAUGGAACUCGGUAUAUUUUCUACCCGUGGCGGAUUCGCAUCUGCAUUAUUUAUUGCAGAUUAUGGAUGCAGAGCCCGAAGGUAAAGACAGAUCUUUGGGUACUGCAGCAAUCAAUGUUGCAGAUUUCUUGAGGAAAAACGAUGAAGGAUAUUGGCUUGGUUAUGAUGGCACGGAUGAGAUUAUCGAGCAGCCCGUUCUAUUUGAAACUGAACCUGUUGGAUCUUUGUUUUAUUCUAUUUCAUUCUUUCCAACCAUUAGCGCGUACUCAUUAUCAGAAUUGCACAAUAAAGAAGAAUACGAUGAGCAAAAACGGUUGAAGGAAAAGAGAGAAAAGGAGCAACAGGAGAAGGAUGAGAAAUUGUACAAGGAGAAUCCUGGAAAGUAUGAGUGGAUUGAAACUGAACAAGAUACAAUAGCUCCGCCUCCCAAGAUUGAGAUUAAAUUGGCUGACGCUAUCAAGUACAGAGCUGGUGAUAUGAUUGUACAUUUGCAUGGUGGUCGUUUUGAAUCCAACGAUGUUUACGUACAAACAUUGUUUGAUGAGCAUGCAUGCCCAUCUGGAGUUUCACCAAUUGUGGAACACAAACAGAUUACGACAACCUCGUUUGCGGAAACAUUUAUUCGAGAUUUGCCAAACUCCAAGUUGAUUUUUAGAAUCACCAAAAAGCCGGAAAUCACCAACGAGAAGGAUAUGGUAUUGGAAAAGAGAUUUAAUACCAUUGAUAUUUACGAAAAAUCGUUUAACGCACCUAUCACGCUCAAUCUUGGUAGACAGAAUACCAUUAAAGUGCAGUUGGAGUAUUUCCCAUCUUUUGCCAAAUUGGCUCCAUUGGACACCGUAUUAGAUGUUGGUAGAUGUAAAUUGGAUCUCAUUGGAGCCCACGAUUUGAAGUCAGUUGAUACCAACGGAAAGUCAGAUCCAUUGUUGGUGGUGAAAUUGGAUGGUAUUGAAGUUUACAGAACAAAUAAAAAACGUAAGACGUUGGACCCACUUUGGAAUGAGGCUGUUGAAUUUCCAAUGAUUUCAAGAUCAAGACAAGUGUUGUUACUUGAAGUUUAUGAUUGGGAUCUCACACAUGAUGAUGAGUUAUUAGGUACUGCCAAUUUGGAUAUAUCUAGUCUUCCCGCUUUAACGACUACUCCAUUCACAUUAAAUCUAGAUACACAAGGUACCAUCGAUUUGAGAGGAGCGUUCUUCCCCGAGUACAUCAGACCACCAUUAGACGCAAAAUCUGUUAUACCUGUUAAUCUUGGUGAGGUUUCUGAGGCAUCCAUGAAAGCAGUUGGAAACAUUUCAGACAUGGCGAUGGACGUUUUGGGCACAGGUAUCGGCAUGACAUCAGAUGGUGUAACCAAGGGCCACUCACUCUUGAAAAGUUUAAAGAAGAAGAGAAAGAACCAUCAUAAUGAUUCUGAGUCGAUGUCUCCAAGUUCUACGAAAAACAACGAGAAUCGCGGUUUUAGUUCAAGAGAAGAAGGAGAAGGAGAAGGAGGAGGAGGAGGAGGAGGAGAAGAAGAAGAAGAAAGUCAUUAUAACAACAACCACAGUAAUAAUAAUAGUUAUGAAGAAGAAAAAGAAAAGGAUGGUGGUGAUACCAACAACAACAACAACAAUAAUAAUAAUAACAAUAACGGUGGUAAAAAAGAAGAGCAAGGGGCUGAUAUUCCUCAGGAGGAAAAAGAGUUUAGAGAAACUCAAGAUGCUGAAAUAUCUAGCGUCAAUGCUGCUCCAAAUAUUCGCGAGGAACCAUUACCACCCCCACAAAAACCGAUUUUGAAGCAAGGUCAUAAUAGAAAUAGCAGUACGGCGACCGACGUUUCGAGUUUUGCUGCUAGUAUGCAUGGACAAGCUGCAAUACCUGGUAGACUUACUAUUGUUCAAGGAAAGGGGUAUUCUUCAAGUGGAUUAGAAGUCAAGGCUGCUUUAAGUACCAGCACUAGGAGUAAGACAUUGCUCAAGACCAGAUCUACCAAAGCAGAUAAACACAGUGGCGUUUAUAAGUGGAACGAAAGUAUACCUUUCAAAUCAGCCCCUAGUGGAAAAAUAACGUUAAAUGUUAGAGACCAUCGUGUUUUUGGAAAGAGUGUUGCUCUUGGAGAAGCUGUGAUUAAUUUAGCGGACUAUACCAAUUUCAGCGAUAACAUUACAAUACCAGCUGGCGAGGGUGCGAUUGUAAUAAACUUGAAAUAUUUUCCAUGA